AGUUCAGAUGCUUAUCUAUAUGACUUACUUUUAGGUAAAGUCAAAGAGCUGCUGGACAUGCUGCCAAAACUGAUUUGACCGAAAUUAAGCAAAACCGUAAUUCCAGGCAAAGCUUUUGCUCAAACCCAAAGGACAGAAGUCACAGUAACAACUGCAGCCUGUUCCACUGCAACGGGGCUGGAAAAUAUUUCAUGGAACCUGAAGAUUACUUCAUGGCUGCAGCCGUUCUGUCAGCAAAGCAGAGCAAAGACCCAAACAGACAGGUUGGGGCGUGUAUUGUGAACCAGGACAAAAAGGUAGUUGGCGUUGGUUACAAUAAGAUGCCAAACGGCUGUGAAGAUCACAUGCCGUGGUCCCGCUCUAAAGCUAGAGAGGCUGCUGACGCUGCUAAGGCUAGUGUCAUGGACACCGCCGCUGUUGCUGCCAUUUAUGCUGUCAAGGCUGAUACUCCUCCUGAAGAUGAGCUUAACACCAAAUACCUUUAUGUGUGCCACGCAGAGCUCAACGCCAUCAUGAACAAGAACAGCGCUGAUCUGAAGGGCUGCUCAAUCUAUGUGACUCUGUUCCCCUGCAACGAGUGUGCCAAGCUGAUCAUCCAGGCUGGUAUGAAAGAAGUCGUCUUUCUUUCUGAUGAGCUCCAUGAUCGUGUGGAAACAAAAGCCUCCAGACGGAUGUUACAAAGGGCAGAGAUAACAAUGACGGAGUUCCUCCCCAAGGAGACUGAGGUUGUCCUUAAACUCAAGAGCGACUGAAUGAGGCGAGGAAUGAAGAGGAAGACUUGAUGAGAUUAAAACUUGUUUCAUCAAAUGCGUUGGUUGUGUUCUACUUUAUAUAUAUAUAUUCUUUUUAAACCCAUUGACAUUUUUUAAAUGGGCAUCUGCUUUACUGCCAAGCAAAAUAUGAAAACGUUAAGCAAAGCUCUAACUGCAUCUGCCAUAGGGCCUUACAGCAGGCCAAUGAGUAAGACCUGGUGACCUAAAUGGUCCAAUUGAGCUAAAAAAAAAUCUUAAUUUUGAUGGAGCUUGUUGAGGAUAAAUUACCAAGGCCUCAGCCUUUUACCCAUCCGUCUACUCCUAUAGUCAUCGUUCAGGCAUGUAACCUCAGUCGCUCCUUUCUCUCUUUCUAAUAAUUGUAUCACUUUUUAUUUUAUUUUAUAUUUCCUGGUAUCUAAAGGCUUAAAACAUGUCUAAUCACUGGAUCAUAAUCAUAGAAUACAUAUGUGUGAUCAUCAUACAUCAUUGUUUGCCAAAUGUACCUACUAUGAAGAUGAAAAGUUUAAAAUCUUUGUCUUCAUAACAUUCUGUGUCUCCAGACCUUCAUUCCUUUAACCGUGUCAGCUCUCAGUUGAAGUCAAUAAAACAUUUGGAGGGCAUGAUC